GGAGCUUAUCUCCGAGCGUGCGCGCAUGUACGUUCGUGUGUGCGUGUGUUUCCUCGCCCCCCCCUCGGCUUCCCGCCCCUGAGUCUGGAGCCUCGCUGCCUCUCCUCGCCUCACUGUGCGGGAAUAAACCAGCGGAGAGCGGAAUGGACACGGAAGGGAGCCCGAGCAGCCUGUCCUCCGGCACGGACAACUCCCCCCACGACCCCUGCAAAAUGUUCAUCGGGGGUCUGAGUUGGCAGACAACACAAGAGGGCUUGAAGGAGUACUUCUGUAAAUUCGGCGAGGUGAAGGAGUGCAUGGUGAUGCGGGAUCCCGUUACCAAGCGGUCGAGGGGGUUCGGGUUCGUAACGUACGCAGAGCAGGCCGGCGUGGAGCAGGUUCUGGCGCAGAACCGACACGAGCUGGACUCCAAAACGAUCGACCCGAAGGUGGCGUUCCCCCGCCGGGCUCAGCCUAAGCUGGUGACCCGGACAAAGAAGAUCUUCGUCGGAGGACUGUCGGUCAACACCACCAUCGAAGAUGUGAAGCAUUACUUUGACCAGUUUGGAAAGGUCGAUGACGCCAUGCUUAUGUUUGACAAAACAACCAACAGACACAGAGGCUUCGGCUUCGUCACCUUUGAGAACGAAGACGUCGUGGAGAAAGUGUGUGAGAUCCACUUCCAUGAGAUCAACAACAAAAUGGUGGAGUGCAAGAAGGCCCAGCCCAAGGAAGUGAUGACGCCGACCGGUUCAGCCAGAGGCCGCUCCAGAGUGAUGCCCUAUGGGAUGGAUGCCUUCAUGCUGGGCAUCGGCAUGCUGGGCUACCCAGGGUUCCAGACGACUACCUACACCAGCCGCAGUUACUCUGGGAUUGCACCUGGUUACACUUAUCAAUUCCCAGAGUUCCAUUUAGAGAGGACCCCCCUCAUGACAUCAUCACACCCCGCUGAGCUGGCAGCCAUUCCCCUGACUGCUUACGGACCAAUGGCAGCAGCCGCUGCAGCCGCAGUAGUUAGAGGCUCCACCCCUUCACGCACAGCUGGUUUCCUGGGCACCAGCAGCCCUGGACCAAUGGCUGAACUGUAUGCUGCAGCCAACCAGGACUCAGGAGUCAGCGGCUACAUCAGUGCCGCUAGCCCCUCCCCCGGUGCAGGGUUUGGUCACGGUCUAGGGGGCCCGCUGAUCGCUACUGCCUUCACUAACGGCUACCACUGAAGCUGGGAGGGGCCUCUCUUCUGCUGAUGAGCCAAUCAAAAUGCUGGCUGCCCUCUGAUGGCACAACCUGAUUGGCCGGCCACAGGCUCUACUGGCUCCCUGUGGCUCCGCCCACCGACUGAAUAUCUUUUUGAAAUGCUGAACUGUUUUGCUGUACUAAUCUCACUUCAACAUAACGUCCCCCUCCCAGUUUGUCCUUAUGUAGUGUUAUAACUAGGCCCCGCCCCCUUUGUUAUCCAUUACUUUCUUUUGAAGCUAAGAGAAGAAAACUGAAAAAAAAGACAAAAAAAACUCUGAGGUUGUCAUCUUUGACAAAGCCACAGAGGACUAUUGUAAGUUUUUUUUAAUUAUAAUUUUAUUUCAAUGUGAUAUGUCGCGUCAUCAUGAAAUCCUUCAACGCCGUUAUGUGAACAGAGAAGAAGAAGAAGAAGCGACAUGUUUGUUUGUCUGUUUUUAACAAAGGAAGAACAAAAUCCCUUAAUGUCUCUUUUUAACUGAGCAGAAACAUGGGAAAAAACAACCUAAAAUGUAUAUUUUGGUAGUCUUUAAAAACAAAACAUUUGUAAUAUUGUUAUUAAUAUUGACAUAAUAAUAAUAAUCUGUAAGGUAUUUUAUUCUGUAAUUGGUUUUAAAGCAAUGUUUUUAUGUCUUCCUGUAAGAUAUUGUACAUAGACGUUGGGAGGGGGGAGAGGGGGAGGGGGGGUUACCGAACCAGCUCGCAUGUCAUUGGUUGGUUUUAAGGGGUCAACAGCUGAUUGGCUGUCAUCUACUACUAUGUGUGGUCAUCUCACUUUUAUCAGGAUGCAUCUGGAGGCGUGUGCACGCUGUCUCCAGCAGCUCAUCUACACAACAGUUCAGAUACACAACAGUUCAGAUACACAACAGUUCAGAUACACAACAGUUCAGCUACACAACAGUUCAGAUACACAACAGUUCAGCUACACAACAGCUCAUCUACACAACAGUUCAGAUACACAACAGUUCAGAUACACAACAGUUCAGAUAUACAACAGUUUUACUACACAACAGUUCAGAUACACAACAGUUCAGAUACACAACAGUUCAGAUACACAACAGUUCAGCUACACAACAGUUCAGAUACACAACAGUUCAGAUACACAACAGUUCAGCUACACAACAGUUCAGAUACACAACAGUUCAGCUACACAACAGUUUAGAUAUACAACAGUUUUACUACACAACAGUUCAGAUACACAACAGUUCAGAUAUACAACAGUUUUACUACACAACAGUUCAGAUACACAACAGUUCAGAUACACAACAGUUCAGAUAUACAACAGUUUUACUACACAACAGUUCAGAUACACAACAGUUUAGAUAUACAACAGUUUUACUACACAACAGUUUAGAUAUACAACAGUUUUACUACACAACAGUUCAGAUACACAACAGUUUAGAUAUACAACAGUUUUACUACACAACAGUUUAGAUAUACAACAGUUUUACUACACAACAGUUUAGAUAUACAACAGUUUUACUACACAACAGUUCAGUUACACACUCGUCACUGCGUCUGUUUUUGCGUCGUCUUCAUAAUUCGAUUGCCGUGACGACCCAGAUUUCAUCUUCACGACACUUCAGAUUAGGGUUAGGGGUCACGGGGUUUGACUUGACUUCCUCUUUUUUGAAAAUAUAUAUAUAUUUUUGCGCGAUUCACUCCUUAAUGUUUGUGUUUUUAUUGUUUUCUUUUAUUUUCUUGUCUGCGGUGUUCUGCACCGUGAAAACAAAUGAAGGACAUUCUCAGAGAAGCAAUUGUAGAAAACAUCACAAUCCUGCGUGUCCUCUUCACGCCGGUGAAGGUGCACGUGAUGACGUGCACGUGAUGAGCGUGUGCACCACAUGUCAUAUGGAACUACUUUUGGCAACGAAGGAGCAUUUCGAUUGCCAGUUUUUUUUGGUACUGAAAAAAAAGAUGCCCCUGUUCCAUUGAGGCUCCGCCCCCAUUUCAUAUUUAGGUUUAAUACAUUAGUGCAGCUCUGCGACCGACACGUUAUUAUUGUUUCUAUGGGGGGGGGGGGGGGGCAGAGAUGGAACAGGGUCUCGCUCCCAGCCGGCUCUGAUACAGGACCUCAGUCCAGAUGCCGCUGGCUGGCAGGAAAAUAAAUAAAAAUAAAAAGUUGGAACAAAUCCAGCGUUUGCAAAGCGGGCUAUUUGUGCCGCCUGUUCGAUGCCCGGCUUCCUGAUCCAGCCGGUAGUUUCUCCGUCAGACCGCCUGGGACGCGACAUAAAAAACUACUGCUGGACACCAACACUGUAACUUUUUAACUUACAAUAAAGCAAUAAGUUAUUUUUUACCGUACAAAUGAAAAUAGUACUAUUAUUGGUAAGAGCAGACGACGUGUGGAUAAUUCUGCGGCAUUAAGACUUAUUUUCAGAAGAAAAAAAAAAGAAACUAUAUUUUUCUGUUUUGAGAUCUUGUUCCACUUGUAUAUUGAUUUUAAUGAUGUCUUCUGUUGUGUACGGGCGUGGGCUCAGUUGAAGUUUAACAUUCGGGCUGUUCUCCGCCGAGCUUUACAACACUGCUUUUCUUUUUCCCCUUGUUUUAUUUUUCUGAUAAUUUCAAUUUUAAAAUCCUAAUAAAUUAUUCUAAAGUGUU